AGGCAGCUGCUUGAAACCUACUCUCUAGAAACAGGAACAUAUGCAGGGCUUUUUCUUCCAUUUUACUGUUCUGGUUUUUGCUUUUUAAGAGCUAAUAAAUAUUUUGUGUUGUGUGUUACCUGGCUCAAAGGAAAAUCCUGAUGCCUUAUGCCCUCUCGCACACGUGCUGCAGGACCAGCCGGGCUCCUGCACAAGCCCUGAGCUCCUACCUCCAGAUGGCUCCCCAGAGGCUCUGCACUCUCUCCGUGGUGCUGCUGUGGGGCUGCGUGGUGGCCUCCUCCUCCUCCUCCUCCCACAUCUCAGUUGCUCCCCCACGAGACCUUCAGAUCACCGACCCUGGACUUUUAGGUUCUCUUGAUGUAGAGUGGAAACCUCCACUCGACCUACAGACCUUCAGUGACUGCACAGUGAAAUACAAGUUCGAGUAUCGCAACACUGGGGAUACAGACUGGCAGGUUAUUUUUACUAGGAAGCUAAAAUUCAGAGUUGGAUUUGACCUCAGCAGGACUGCUGAAGUGAAGGUGCAGACCCUGCUCGAAGGACGGUGCACCCAUGGCGCGGAGCUGCAAAGUGACUGGAUUUAUGGUACCUUUCAGGUCCCACUGCAAGGUAGGAGCAGUCUGUGGCACCUGUUUUGUGCUUUGCAUGAGCCUGGUGCAUGAGCCAGUUCCUGGGUGAGAAAGACUUCACAGGGCUUAUUGAGCUGUAAGACACCAGGGCAUCUCUGCUUUCAAUGGUACGAGGGGCUGGGCCAGGCAGCACAGUGCGAUCACUACAUCCAGGAUCACGGCCUGAACGUGGGCUGCACGCUGCGAAACCUGAGCCAGGCAGAAUACCAGGAUCUCAACGUUUGUGUCAAUGGCUCAGCAGCAGCCACCCUGCUACGGCCUCUGUACACCACCCUUCGCCUUCACAACCUGGCAAAGCCCUCCCCACCAAGGCAGCUGGUGGUGUCCCUGUCUGCGGCCGAGGAGCUCCACGUGGCGUGGAGGCCGCCGGGCGGCCAAACCCCGCCACAGUGCCUGGAGUACGAGGUCGAGGUGGCAGAAGAUCUGGGGGAGGCCAAGGCUGCCUGGGUGCCUGUGCUGACCCAAAUGGAGACUGCUUGCACAAUUCCCCGAGCAAAUCAAAGCCACAUUUCCUGUGUUCGUGUCAGGGGCAGAACAAACAUUUUUUGUGCUGACCAGGGCUUUUGGAGCGAAUGGACCCAGGAGUGUUUCUCUGUGUCCAGAAAAGAGGACAAGCAGCUAUUUAUCCUCAUUCCAGUCAUUCUGAGUUUGUCAUGUAGCCUCAUAAUAUUUAUGUUGAUUGGCCAGUGCAAGAAAAGAUCCCCAGCAGGGAAGCCAUCGCAGGCGUCUGUGGGAUGCUGACUCUGCUUGCGACUGCUGUACCGCUUGUGUUUGAUGGAUUGCUCCUGGAACAUCAUCCCCAAGGGCAGCUGAGAAGCCCCUGAGCUUUCCACAGCCCUCAGGGGCCUUCCCUGCCUGCUGCCACUUGUGAAGCCGGUUGUUGCAAUUCAAGUCCUCACGGGACCCCGGGGAAACUGGAGGAGUUUUAAACUGGCCCUGCAGGUAAAAUGGAAGGGUUUUAAGCUGACUCUUGAGGCAAGCUGUGUCUGAUAACCCCACAAGGGAGAGAAAGGAGGCACUGGAAACUGCCAUGAAUAAAGAUAACGUAUUGU